AUGAAAAGCAAUAAUUUGAAUGAAUAGAAUUGUUAUUUUAUAAAAAAAGUAUAAGAAAAGUUAAGAAAGUUAGAGAUAUAAUAAAUACAAAAAAAGUAUAAUAUAUUAGUCGAAAAGGCAGAAAGACUAUUUGGAAUAGUUGAUUAAUAAGGAAUUCUAAAAGAAGGAGGUAUUAAAUUCUAUUAUAUUUAUGAUUAGAAGUAAUAUGUGUUAGAAAAAUAAAUGAUAAAUUAUCAUAUUUGGAAGGAUAAUUAAUAAUAAUUGAAGAUUGUAUUAAGAGUAAAUAAAUGAUACUAAAAGUUAUUGGUUUAUCAAGUAAAGAGGUUUAAAGAAGAUUUGGAGAUAAGAAAGAAUAUGAUGAAUACAUAAAUUGUAUUAUAUUUUCAAAUAAAUAAUACUUAAGUACUUAAUUUUGUACUAAUACAUAUUUUGUAUCUUGGGAUAAGAGAUUAAUUCCAAAGAUUUAGAGAAUUAAUAAUAAGAAUAAAAUAUUAUAAGAUUUGGAUUUUCCAAAAUUAGAAUAGGAAGAUAUAAUUGAUUAUUUAAGUGAUUGUUUGAAUAAUUAGAUUACAGAAUAUGUAGAGUGUAAUCAUAUAGGAUAAUAUUAAUAUUUAGAUAGUAAUGAAAAUAUUUUUGAGAAUCUUGACUAAAUUAUGAUGACUAAAAUGUAAUAACAUUAGGGUAAUGAUUAGAAUAAAGUUAAUAUUGAUGAUAGAUUCAUUUAUCGAUUUUAUUGGAUGAAAGAUGAGAAUAAUUAUGAAAAAUAUGUAGAAUAAUGUUUGGGAUAAAACCAUAUAGUGUAAGCACUUAAAUGUUUAAAUUACAUUGUAGAUACAUUUAAUGGUUGGAUGAAAUUGUAUAAUAUUAAAGAUGAAUAUGAAAUCUAUUCAGGGUAUUUUGAGAAUUAAAAUGAUGACGAAAAUUUGGAUAGUUUUUAAGAAUUAAUGAUUCUUUAUUUAGGAUAAUUGAAAAUUGAAUUAGAUAACAUUCUAUCUUAAAUUAAGAUAGAAAGAUAGAUUUAGAUAUGGAUAUUACAUUUCUUAAUUAUCUAUCUUCCUAAUGAAAUGAAUAUAAGGAAUCAAUAAUUGGAAAGAAUAGUCAAAUGUAUAAAAAAUCAAGUUUAAAAGUUUGAUGAGUGUAAAUUUCUUUGUAGUCGUUUAGAAACUAAGAGUUAGUAAUGGUUUAAGGGUUGCAGUUGGUUUUUCUUUGGAAAAGAGAUUCUAGAUUUUGAAUAAAGCUCAAAAAAUGAAUGA